CGCGUCGGGAAGAUGGCGCUACGUCUGCUGCGGAGGGCGGCGCGCGGAGCGGCGGCUGCGGCGCUGUUGAGGCUGAGAGCGUCUCUAGCAGCUGAUGUCCCCAGGUUUGGAUAUAGCUCCUCAUCCAGUCACAAGUAUGUCCCCCGGAGGGCAGUGCUUUAUGUACCUGGAAAUGAUGAAAAGAAAAUAAAGAAGAUUCCAUCGCUGAAUGUGGAUUGUGCAGUGCUCGACUGUGAGGAUGGUGUGGCUGCAAACAAAAAGAAUGAAGCUCGACUGAGAAUUGUAAAAACUCUUGAGGACUUUGAUCUGGGCUCUACUGAAAAAUGUGUGAGAGUCAACUCAGUUUCCAGCGGUCUGGCGGAAGACGACCUAGAGACCCUUCUGCAAUCCCGGGUCCUUCCUUCCAGCCUGAUGCUACCAAAGGUGGAAAGUCCUGAAGAAAUCCAAUGGUUUGCAGACAAAUUUUCAUUCCACUUAAAAGGCCGAAAACUUGAACAACCAAUGAAUUUAAUCCCUUUUGUGGAAACUGCAAUGGGUUUGCUCAAUUUUAAGGCAGUGUGUGAAGAAACCCUCAAGAUCGGGCCUCAAGUGGGUCUCUUUCUAGAUGCAGUCGUUUUUGGAGGAGAAGACUUUCGAGCCAGCAUAGGUGCAACAAGUAGCAAAGAAACCCUGGACAUUCUCUACGCCCGGCAAAAGAUUGUUGUCGUAGCGAAAGCCUUUGGUCUCCAGGCCAUAGAUCUGGUGUACAUUGACUUUCGAGAUGGAGAUGGGCUUCUUAGACAGUCGCGAGAAGGAGCUGCCAUGGGCUUCACUGGUAAGCAGGUGAUUCACCCUAACCAAAUUGCUGUGGUCCAGGAGCAGUUUUCUCCUUCCCCUGAAAAAAUUAAGUGGGCUGAAGAACUGAUUGCUGCCUUUAAAGAACAUCAACAAUUAGGAAAGGGAGCCUUUACUUUCCAAGGGAGUAUGAUCGACAUGCCGUUACUGAAGCAAGCCCAGAACAUUGUUACGCUUGCCACCUCCAUCAAGGAAAAAUGAUCUGUUCAAUGAAGCUCUCAUCAGUACUAGAAAAGCAAUAAAUGGCACAAAACAGGUUCUGAGAUGGCCCGCAGGCCCCGAGCUCAUGGACGCGGCCGGAGGUCGAGUCUGACCCGCGGAGCCCCCGCCAGGAUUCCCCGCGCAUCUUCGGGGGAAGUGGGGGAGCCAUGGCCAGACCCAGCAUUUAGGCGUGAAAGUCUUCACCUUUCUCUCCGCGCUGUAUUUCCCACGGACGGAACAGGACAGCCGAGCGCGGCCCCCACAGAACAUCAGUGACUUUCCCAGACCCCGCUCGGCGCCCGCGAGUCCACGCGUGGGACCUGACAGCUCCGCGCCAGCUGGUUUUGGGGGUGGCAGUGUUCGCUCGUUUAAAUUCCAGUUGUUAUUUGGCAGUUUAUCGCUUUCCGAAUCCAUGAGAAUUGCCAGCGAUGGAAAGAGUGACCUGCGGGAAGGGGCCGAAGCCGUUGUGAGCGCCCGGGUGGCAGCUCGAACCCCGUUUCCGCCGAGCGCGCCGCAGCCUGCUGGGCGAGUUGUCUUUUGACAAAACCUUUUGGGACUUCUUUGUCCCUCACGCCCUUACUUUUAAAUGAUUUUUAUUUUUAUUUUUCCACUAUAAGUGACCGGCUGGGUUUUACUUUUGCUUUUUCCAACAGGAAGGGCACAGCGAACCGGGGUGGGCAGCCCCGCGGGCAGGAGGAGCGCUGGGGACACGCGGUGGCCGCAGACGCCGAGCCCUGCGGAGCCCCGAGGCCGCCUCCCCAGCACCCCGGGUGCGUGCGGAGCCAGAGCUGGAGCCAGGGCUGGAGCCAGGGCUGGGCCGGGGGGGCGGUGCGGUGGCCCAAGAGGCCAGGACUGUGGGCCCCACUUGCCCGCCCGCCGCGGGCCGCCCGGAGCCCGCGCGCCUGUCGCGCAGCCCGGCUGUAAUGGUGGCAGAUCAAAGGCAGCCCCGUGUCCCCGCGGAGCCCGGGACCAUCCCGCGCCUUUGUGCGCUGUUGCUAGGAGCCCGAGAAACUAAGAGAAAGUGUCAGGAGCAUGUUAAUCAGACUCGUUACACUGUAACAAUAACGUCUCUCUCGGGUCUCCCAGGCCCCGGCACCCCCGCGCACCCCGCGCGCAGGCCGGACACCUGCGCGGGGCCCUCGCGCCUGCCCUGGGGUCCUGCCGGCCCCGGGGUCCCUGCAGCCCCGAAUCCGUGCCGGGGCCACGCGCAACGAUGAGCCCGGAGAGGCCCCAAAGGCACCCGGUGCAGCAGCUCCCUGGCCGAGGUCUCCUUGACCAAAGCCCCGGCUUCACCCUGCUGGGCCGUGAGCUGGAGGGACGCAGGGGUGAUCCCGGUCCCCUGCUUUUCGGUCCUCCAGAAUCGCCCAUGUUGUUCAAUCGCAGUAUUCGAAUCAAGAGAAAAAUGAACAUUCCCUUUCUGGUAGCUUUUUGGUUAUGAGUUUUUGCAAAACUCUUGAGUCAACUUUGCUGAUUUCCCUUGGGAAUCCCUGGAGGCUACUCUAAGUGGUAAUCCCAAGUUUAAGAAGGAAGGGGGGAAACAUUGCUGAGAGUAAAAACGUCCCCAAACUUUUUGAAGAGAAUUGCUUUAUUCAUUCAUUUAGUCAUUCAACAAACACCUGUUGAACCCGACUGGGUGCCAGAGGGGCCAGUCUCAAAGUCACAGGACUUAUUCCAGAUGAACUUUUCUUUUGAAAUUAGAACGCCCUUGGGGAAGUCAAAGGAGGAGCAGGGGCCUAAAAUAAUGUCAAGUGUCAAAGCAAAAAGAAGUGCCAUUGCCGAUUACAGUGUGUGGUGAUAACAAGAGAGGUGCGAAUUAGGAAUUAAAAACCUUUGAAAAACU